GAUCCAUGUGCGAGGCCGUUUGCGAGCUCGGCUACGGAUUCUUCGAGAAGCCUGCCCCCAAGUACUCCUGCGACCAGGGCGGCAUCUGGGCUCCCGCUGGAAAGGCUCCAGAGUGUUACGAAAUCGUACCCGUGUUCUCCGCCAACCUGCAGUUCAAGAUCGUGUACAAGCGCUCCAGCAUCGAGAACCUGCAGCACCAGUUCGAUGGCCUCGUCUACAAGUACAACGACAUCUUCUGCCCCUACCCCGAGGAGUGCGGCAUCGGCGACCUCCAGAUCAAGAGCUCUCUCGAUGAAGAAGGCAGCAAGCUGAGCGAAGUCAUCAUCACCAUCGACACCCCCGUGUACAACAUCACCGACCAGUCCGGCUUCAUCGACCUGGUGCGUGAGGCCGUGUUCACCGUGACCGAGGACAACGCCUUCAUGACCCUCAUCGAUUACGACAACAUUGCCCUGGUUCUCCCCGUCAAGAACAAGAGCAACUUCAAGGCCGAUCCCCAACUCUGCUGCCACACCUGUCCCGAGGGCCACGCGUACAGGCUCGGCAACUGCGUUCGCUGCCCGACACCGGAUUGUGCUUAGUGGGAAGCUGCCAUCUCCCAGUACCGCCCUUAACAGUACCUCAUCCAAUCAGCGUCUUCCAACGCCCUCCAGCCAAUUACAAGCCUUCCAUUGAGUCCGUCCGGUGAUUCUCCGUGAUUCUCAUUGGUCCACGUUGCGAAAGGGGGCGUGGUUCAUGGGUACAACAUGUGUGUGCAGAAUAAUGAGGUUAAAUUAUUGAAAAACCCUGUUGUAUCACCUCCAGUCACUGGAAAAAAUAAAUAAAUUAUAUAUUUUGCAUCUACACCAGGUUGUAAAAAUGUAAAAAAAAAUAUAUUUUUUGCUGUCAGUAUUAUAUAUUUACUUUAAAUUGAAAAUAGUGUUUUGGUGUUUGCAGUAGACGCUGGUGCAGUAUAUGCCUCUCUAUUAAAAGCCUCAGUUAUGUACACUUUGUAAUGUUGUAGCGGGAAGUGUUUUCAAACACCCAGACGCUCAUUCAUAUUUUUUUAACAUCCAUUUCAAUAAGUAAAUAAUUGUAGCUUCUUACCAUUUUAUUUCUUACUCUUUUUUUUACAUAAGGCUUCUUAUGUGGCCUACAUCAUUUUUUACAACCAUUUUCUGUAGCCGCCCUCUAGCGGCGCCCUUUUCUAUUUUCCGCAUCUUUUAAAGCAUCCCUAUAAAGAUCCCUCCCUCUUUCACGUGAAAAUACACUGUUGUGCUGGUUUCUGAAGUGCUACGUCCUAACCCUUUCCUUCUCUCUUUCCCAGUUAUCAAAAUAUUCCUUUUAUUUUUUGUGACGUGUCACCCCAGCUCGACAGAGGAUUGAUUACUUCUUGUCCUGUGCAAAUCAAAGACGGUGGUUAUGUUGAAGUUAUUAUUAACGUUUCAUACCUACCUUCAGUAACUAGUUAUUAUUUUUUUCUAUCGCAUGAAAAAUAUAUAACCAUGAAAAUAAAUUCAGUGUUUUUAAUUCAGGUAAAAAUGUUGUUUUAGAUGAUAUUUAUUAGGCUGUUUUAAGGAUAAUCAGUCGUUUUCUGUCCGCGCUGGCGUGUACUCGCACGUUGUGUCAAUAACAACCGAGAAUUUGUCUCUCGGGCCUCGUAAUAGAAUAUAAGUUGUUAUUUAAAGAAAAAAUAAAUAUUUUUGCUGUCAGUAUUAUAUAUUUACUUUAAAUUGAAAAUAGUGUUUUGGUGUUUGCAGUAGACGCUGGUGCAGUAUAUGCCUCUCUAUUAAAAGCCUCAGUUAUGUACACUUUGUAAUGUUGUAGCGGGAAGUGUUUUCAAACACCCAGACGCUCAUUCAUAUUUUUUUAACAUCCAUUUCAAUAAGUAAAUAAUUGUAGCUUCUUACCAUUUUAUUUCUUACUCUUUUUUUUACAUAAGGCUUCUUAUGUGGCCUACAUCAUUUUUUACAACCAUUUUCUGUAGCCGCCCUCUAGCGGCGCCCUUUUCUAUUUUCCGCAUCUUUUAAAGCAUCCCUAUAAAGAUCCCUCCCUCUUUCACGUGAAAAUACACUGUUGUGCUGGUUUCUGAAGUGCUACGUCCUAACCCUUUCCUUCUCUCUUUCCCAGUUAUCAAAAUAUUCCUUUUAUUUUUUGUGACGUGUCACCCCAGCUCGACAGAGGAUUGAUUACUUCUUGUCCUGUGCAAAUCAAAGACGGUGGUUAUGUUGAAGUUAUUAUUAACGUUUCAUACCUACCUUCAGUAACUAGUUAUUAUUUUUUUCUAUCGCAUGAAAAAUAUAUAACCAUGAAAAUAAAUUCAGUGUUUUUAAUUCAGGUAAAAAUGUUGUUUUAGAUGAUAUUUAUUAGGCUGUUUUAAGGAUAAUCAGUCGUUUUCUGUCCGCGCUGGCGUGUACUCGCACGUUGUGUCAAUAACAACCGAGAAUUUGUCUCUCGGGCCUCGUAAUAGAAUAUAAGUUGUUAUUUAAAGAAAAAAAUAAA